UUCAGUUCAGGAAGAAGAAAUAAUGGCGACGCUUCUGGGGUGCGAGUCCCCUUGUACGAGAGGAAAACGAAGAAACUACAGUAGCAAUAUCAUCACGAAGUUCACGGCCACUAAAAUCACCGGCCAGGGCUUCAGUCGAGGAACACAGCUCCCAGGAGGCCUGCUUCAGGAGAGAGAUAAACGUGCCAAGUGGAAUGGCAUCCCUACUCUGCUGCAGAAGCUUUAUGAGAGCAGCCAUCCCAACAGUGACCUCUCCCAUGCCCACACCUUUCUUAAGUUAUUAUUAUCCCAGCUGUCUGUGGAGGCCAUGUCCUUUGUCACAGAGGACAGGAAGACCGCUCAGGAAUCCACCUUCCCCAACACGUACACUUUUGACCUCUUUGGUGGAGUUGAUCUUCUAGUGGAAAUCCUGAUGAGACCUACACUAACUAUGCAGAAGAAGAAACCUAAAAUGAAUGAUGACCUGGUCAAAGACUGCCUUAGUGUUCUGUACAACUGUUGCAUAUGUACGGAGGGUGUCACAAAGAGUCUGGCAGCUAGGGAUGACUUUGUUCUGUUUCUCUUCACCUUGAUGACAAACAAGAAGACCUUCCUACAGACUGCUACUCUUAUUGAAGAUAUUCUUGGAGUAAAAAAGGAGAUGAUCCAGUUAGAGGGCAUCCCUAACCUGUCGGGUCUGGUUCAAAGCUUUGACCAGCAACAGCUGGCCAACUUCUGCCGCAUCCUUUCUGUCACAAUCUCAGAACCUGAUGUGGGAAAUGAUGACAAGCACACCCUGUUGGCCAAAAAUGCACAGCAAAAACGCAAUGCAAGUCCUUCACGUGCAGAGGUCAACCAGGUAACCCUGCUGAGCAUCCCAGGCUUCAUUGAGCGGCUUUGUAAGCUGGCCACUAGAAAGGUAUCUGAAGCCACAGGUGCUAACUUCCUGCAGGAGCUGGAGGACUGGUACACAUGGCUGGAUAAUGCUCUGGUACUGGAUGCUCUCAUGCAGAUGGCCACUGAGGAGCCUGAGCAAAGCAGUACAGAGUCGUCAGAUGAGAGUUCUCUGGCUACCAGCCCUCUGAGACAUCGACUGCCCCAGUCUAUGAAGAUUGUCCAUGAGAUUAUGUAUAAAGUAGAAGUACUGUAUGUGCUCUGUGUCCUUCUGAUGGGCCGACAAAGGAAUCAGGUUCACAAGAUGCUGGCUGAGUUUCGUCUCAUCCCAGGGCUCAACAACCUGUUCGACAAGCUCAUCUGGAGGAAAUAUACAGUUUCGAAUCACGUGGUGCAUGGCCAGAAUGAGAACUGCGACUGUAGUCCAGAGAUAUCCUUCAAAAUCCAAUUCUUGCGAUUACUUCAGAGUUUCAGUGAUCAUCACGAGAACAAGUACCUCCUUCUAAAUAGCCAGGAGUUGAAUGAACUGAGUGCCAUUUCCAUGAAAGCUAAUAUCCCAGAGGUGGAAGCUCUUGUCAAUACAGACAGAAGCCUCGUGUGUGAUGGGAAGAAGGGCCUCCUCACACGCCUCCUGACUGUCAUGAAGAGGGAGCCUCCAGACUCGUCUUUCAGAUUCUGGCAGGCAAGGGCAGUGGAAAGUUUCCUCAGAGGUGCCACAUCCUAUGCAGACCAAAUGUUCCUUCUGAAGAGGGGACUACUAGAACACAUCCUAUUCUGCAUCAUAGACAGUGGUUGUACAUCUCGCGAUGUCCUUCAGAGUUACUUCGAUCUGCUUGGUGAGCUCAUGAAGUUCAACAUUGAUGCUUUUAAGAGAUUCAACAAAUAUGUCAACACUCCAGAAAAGUUUCAGAUGUUCUUAACACAGAUCAACAGCUCCCUCGUGGAUUCAAACAUGCUGGUACGCUGCAUCGUUCUUUCAUUGGACCGCUUUGAGAGCCAGACUGAAGAUGUCAAAGUGGUGGAGGUACUUUCUGAGUGCUGCUUGCUAUCGUAUAUGGCCAGAGUUGAGAACAGGCUGUCGUUCCUUUUCCGACUGGUCAACAUCAUCAAUGUACAGACACUCACACAGGAGAAUGUCAGCUGUUUAAACACCAGUUUGGUGAUUUUGAUGUUGGCCAGAAGAAAGGCUAAACUGCCCUUCUACCUCAACGCCCUUCGUGAGAAGGAGUAUGCUGAGAAGUACCCGGGCUGCCUGCUUAACAACUUCCACAAUCUACUGCGAUUCUGGCAGCGCCACUACCUCAAUAAGGACAAAGACAGCACCUGUCUGGAGAACAGCUCCUGUAUCCCCUUCAGCUACUGGAAGGAGACUGUAUCAGUGCUGCUGGGUUCAGACAGGACUUCUCUGUGUGCCAUAGCGAGCUACAUCGAUGAACCAUUCAUGGAUCUGGACAGAGAUCUGCUGGAAGAUUGACCUCCAGUGUGUGCACUUAGUGCACUGGGGAUGGGAUGGGGCAGAUGGCCACAUGGAGCAUGGACACCUAAAGCUGGCGAUGACCCCGCUGAGCUGAGCCGUCCGGCUGCUUAGGAACUGUGUUCUGGAUGUAAAAACUCACCUGUUUGCUGUUUGCACCUUCGCAUGGAGGCUGUUUUCACAGAUUUCAGCAAAUAGGAGUUUUCCUGGCCAUCGCGUUCUCACUGAGUUAAAUCUGCUUUUCAAGAGAAAGAAGAGGAAAACCUGUAUGCCCACCCCAGAUUGGCCACAUGGUAUAACAGACAAUUAAACAACCUUGAAAAAAUGACACCUGCAUUGGUUGUUUGCUUUAGGUGAAAUUUAAAUCAAACUUUUUAUAUAACCUAGAAAGUUCUAUGAAAAAUAUGUAUGAUUCAACAAGUUAUGUUAGGAAAAAAAUGGACUUGGUUUGGAAAUGACCACAGCUUGAACUUUCACGUGCAGGUUAGUGGUGUUUCACGGGGCUGCCAGGAGUCACCAGCCUCACUCUCGCUCUCUGUUGACUCCAUGUCACUCCACUGCCUGAGCUUUGAGGAAAACGGUUUUAGACCCCCCCCCCCUUAUGAGUCCUCUAAAAGGAGAAUUUUCAAUGAACCUGUCUGUCUAUUUUAUUAGGUGGCUAUUGUUCAUUGGUGCUUUCUGGCUCCACUCAGCACAUUUAGGUAGCUUGAGGGUGGGCUGGCAUGUUCCACAUAUCACAUGGGGUUCCUCUCAUCUAAAAACCACCCUUCAGUUAUGGCUUCAGAAGCCCCACCCAGGGACUCAUUAAUAAUAUCAUUAUUAUUAUUAUUAUUAUUAUUAUUAUUAUUUUUCCAAGAUUAUUUUUCUUGACUUAUAUUUUGUGUUGUUAAAAACGGUGGCUUUUAGCUCUGGAUAAAUUGUAGAAUGAAAUAUUGCACAUUUGUUUUUAUUGUUUAUAUUUUAACCCAUUUGUUAAAAAAAAUCUUCAUUAUGUAACAGAAGCUGUUGUGAGAAAAUGCUUUGGGAAGAGAAUAAACUAUGCAGGUGUAAGUGUUAAAAUAAGAGUUUUUGUUCACCCCCUACAUAAAGUUUGCUUUAUGUGAAUUAGCUUUCAGCCCAAUGUCAUCAGCAUUUGAUUGGAAAUCCUCCACUUUCUCUGGUAUCUGGCAUUUCCUGAAACCUACAAGCUGAGAAUGACAAUCUUCUUGGUGGCUCCUUCUGCAUAGCACAGCUUUAGUUUGAAGGAGAAACGAUGAGCCUGGCUGUGUUAAAGUUGUCCACAGCCUGAAUGUGCUCCUGUUUUGUUGAAAUGGAAGAUGCAGAGCUAAAAAGAUUUGGGUGUAUCAAGUCAAACAAGUACAAAUGAAUCAGCUACCUCAUGUUUUAUCCCAACGCCGUACAGAUCAAACCACUCCUAAUCACAAGUGUACAGAUUUAAUCUCAGCACGUUGUGUUCACGUGAAUGUAUGAGGGCAUUUCUGACACCAUGAGUUGUGCUUUUUUUGCCUUGAGAUGCAAGUGAACAUGUCAAAUUUUUUUUGAAGCCUUCUAUUUGCUUUAAAAUCUUCUUAAGGUUCUCCUGUUUUCUAGCUUUUAGCAUGUCUUAAAUCUCUUGACUGGUGUGCGCAAACUUUAAAUGACUUCAUCUUCUGUGCUUCGCAGUGAAAGUAACGCAAGUACCCGUAAGUGCUUCUCUUUCCAAUUCUCCAUUUCUUUGUUGGAUGCUCAAGAAUAUUUACAACGGUGUUCUUCAGGACGGAUUGUUUAUUACGCUGUUAUCGCUUCAGGCGUCCGUGGUAGAAGUCAGACGAAGCUGUUGGUAUGAAAGCAUGAAUGCUGUGAGCUCUUUGGAAUACCUGUAUAAACAUUUUCUUCGCCCUAGUUUCCGUAGCUUUGUGAGUUUAUGAGAGUGACCCUUCUGUAUGAUGCACAAGAGAACUGGUUCUCUAUAGUAAUGCUGUAUGUGGUGUGAUCCACCCAGUAGGCCUUAGUUUUCAUUCAUUAGUUUGUACAGAAAAAAUGGUGAAAUGUUAUUCUCUUUGGCCAAAAACAUGCUGCAUAAUAUAACACACUAUUUGACUUAUUUUUAGACCCCUGACUUUGACUUUAACUGUACAUUUUAUGUAAUGUUUA